GAAAGAGGCGUUCCGGGCGUGCAAUCGCGGGCAGCGUUUCUUCCUUCCUGAGCAGUGGUGUGGAGUCCAGGUCCGGCGGACGGAGGGCGGAGGACAGGCGUUUCCUCCCGCGUGACGAGCGCGGGGCCUCUCUUCGCUUCCCUCUUCCGAGGCCCGGAGUGCGGGCUCCGGUCCAUCUCCGCUAGGCGCUCGGCGGGCAGGGGGCGGGACUGGCUCGGGAUUGGCUGCCGCCGUCCGACCCCUCUCGCCGCCCGCCAGUCGUUGUCGCUCGCAGGCGCCUGCGCAAUGGGCCGGCCGUGGGGGGCGGGAAGCGCUUCGCGGCACCGGAGCCCAUGUCGGCCCUGAGGCGCUCGGGCUACGGCCCCAGUGACGGCCCUUCGUACGGCCGCUACUAUGCGCCCGGCGGAGGCGAUGUCCCGGUGCACGUCCCUCCGCCCUUGUACCCUCCGCUUCGGCCCGAGCCACCCCAGCCUCCAGUUUCCUGGCGAGGGCGCGGGGGCGCCCCGGCCGAGACCACCUGGCCCGGAGAAGGCGCAGGUGGCGAUGCCUACUACCCCUCGGGAGGCGCCUGGGCAGAGGCGAGUAGAGCCGGAGGCGGACACCAGGAACAGUCACCGUAUCCUGGCUAUAAUUCUAACUACUGGAAUUCUGUACGACCGAGGGCCCCAUAUCCAAGUGCAUAUCCAGGAAGACCAGAGUUACAAGGCCAGAGUUUGAAUUCUUACACAAAUGGAGCAUAUGGUUCACCAUACCCUCCUGGUCCUGGACCAAAUACGGCCUCAUACUCUGGAGCUUAUUAUGUACCUGGCUAUACUCAAAGCAGUUACUCUACAGAAGUUCCAAGCACUUACCGAUCCCCUGGUAACAGCCCAACCCCAGUCUCUCGUUGGAUAUAUUCCCAGCAGGACUGUCAGACAGAAGCACCUCCACUCAGGGGUCAGGUUCCAGGAUAUCCUGCUUCACAGAACCCUGCAAUGACCUUGCCCCAUUAUCCCUAUGGGGAUGGUAACCGCACUGUGCCACAGUCAGGAGCAACUGUACGACCACAAGAUGACGCAUGGGCUUCUGGUGCUUAUGGGAUGGGGGCCCGUUACCCCUGGCCUUCAGCUGCACCCUCAGCCCCACCUGGGAAUCUGUACAUGACGGAAAGUGCUUCCCCCUGGCCUGCCAACAGUUCUCCUCAGCCACCUCCUUCACCACCACCCCAACAACCUAAGGAUUCCUCCUACUCCUAUGACCAGUCGGGUCCAGGCAUGAACCGGCACAGCUUUCCUUGCAGUGUCCAUCAGUAUGAAUCUUCGGGGGCCAUGAACAAUGAUAAUUCAGACCUUUUGGAUUCUCAAGUUCAGUAUAGUGCUGAACCUCAGUUGUAUGGUAAUGCCGCCAGUGACCAUCCCAGCAAUCCUGUUCAGAGUAAUAAUCUCCCUGAAGAGUGUUUCUCUUCAGAUGAAGGCACUCCUCCAAGUAUUAAAAAAAUCAUACAUGUGCUGGAGAAGGUCCAGUAUCUUGAGCAAGAAGUAGAAGAGUUUGUGGGGAAAAAAACAGACAAAGCUUACUGGCUUCUGGAAGAAAUGCUGACAAAGGAACUUUUAGAACUGGAUUCUGUUGAGACUGGGGGCCAGGACUCUGUCCGUCAGGCCAGGAAAGAGGCUGUCUGUAAGAUCCAGGCCAUACUGGAGAAAUUAGAGAAAAAGGGAUUAUGAAAUAAUUUGGAAUGAAGGGUUAACCUGUUACUAAUUUGGCCAAAGAACUCUUGGAUUUGGUUAGUUACCAUCUUUUAAAUGCCUGUUGUGACAAGAAACAACACAGUCCAGCUUCUGACUUCAAACUGAAGGAAAAGAAAUUGAAAAGCUGAAUGGAAGAACACAUUACGGGAUUCUUUUUCGUUUUCAGAUGACUGAACAUAAUACGAAACUGGAAUUGUCAAUAUUGCCAAGUAGACCUACUCCUUAAGAAAUCCAUGGGCAUCUCUAGGAGGGAAAUAGACUUUAUGUAACAGGUUAUCAGUGCAUAGUCUGAGACAAGCAGGCUGUUUUGUAAGCAUCCAGACUGUCACAUUUUUGUGCAUUGUGACUGCAUAUACUUCAUGUGUAAAUUAUAGCUUAGACUCUUGGACCUCUGUUUUAUUAUCUGCAGUUCGAAAAUGUAAUAUUCUACUUGGUACAUUUUGUAGUAAUAUGUUUAAUAAUCAAAUACUGGCAGCCAGAUAGAUGGGCAGUUCUGAUCUAAUUCAUAUCCUUUCAGCCUUGAAUAUAUUGCAGUGUGUAGUGGGCUCCUGAAGUCAAUCACUUAUCUCCUUGUGUAGCAUGUUAUUUUAGUGCUCUUCCCACUUCUGCUUUUCACAGUAGUCAUAGAAUCACUAUGUUUGUGAAUAUUUUACUUCUUUGCUUUUUUGUUAUAUUUGGAUAAAGAUCCAGUUUUGAAAUUAUUUUUUUUAAGAAAAAUAUCUUUGGCUAUUGCUGCUUCUAUAGAGAGCCUUAUAAUAGAAACAUGAAGCCUAAAUGCUACAAUUAGUAUAAAUAGCGACUGCAAAAAGCAACAAAUAUGAUUAUUUAAUAAUACUGUUCUUCAUUUAAUAGUUUCUGUUAAACAGAUUUGAGCUCCGUUUAUAGCUGAUAGAAGGAAAAGGAGAUUCAUGCUCAGGGAAUGAGUCAGCCAUAGCUAAAGUAGAAAACUCAUCGUUUUCUUUAAAUUUGGUCUUUAUUUCAUAGAAUAAAUUACAUAGAAUUACCUGUUUCAUAAGAAAGCUGUUAUAACAGUCCAUUUGGAACCAAGUUUAAGAAAGGGCCUUUCUUGUUUUUCCAUAUAUGUUGUUAUUAUACAGAGACAGGUAAAUAAUUUACCUUUUAAAUCUAAAGUGAGUCUAGCAUUCAGUAUCUGCUUUUGCAACAAAAGCAGUUUCUUAGUAAAAUAUCAAAGUGAUACUUGUUUUCUAGACUAGCAAGCCUUUAUAUUAGUGAUACUAAACCUAUAGCCAUCCCUUCUACUCACAUGGAACCAAAUCAAUGCCAAUGUGUCAUGAGUAGAAACGUAGUCGAAAAUACUGUAUGGAGGCUGGGGACGUGGCUGAGUUCAUAGAGUGUUUGCCUAACGUACAUGAAGCCCAGGGUUAGAUUCACAGUAUUGCAUGAACCAGGCAUAGUGGUACAUACCUGUCUCAGCACUGGGAGGUGGAGGCAAGAAGAUUACAAGCUUAAGAUUAUCCUCAGCUACAUCAUGAAUUCAAGGCCACCCUGAGCCACACGAGAUCAUCAUGUCUCAAUAACUAAAAGGACAAGUGAUUCAAGAUUUGAUGAUUUUAUCCAAGAGUCUGUUUUUAAAACAUUUUAUUAGUAUAUGAAUUUGAUUUGGUGUUAUACAUUUUUAAUCAAGACAGAGGUAGGUAGAUCUCUUGAGUUCAAGGUCAACCUCGUCUACAGAGAGUUCCUGACCAGUCAGGGCUCCAUAGUGAGAGACACGUGCUACCUACUUAUCCACCUAUCCUACCUACCUACCUAUGCUACCCAUCUGUCCUAUCUACCUACCUACUUAUCUUACCUAUCUAUCCUAUCUACCUAACUAUCCUACAUACCCACCUAACUAUCUAUGGGAUGUGUGUGUGCUCACUUGUGAGUUUUAUAUCUACAAGUUUUGUUUUAGAACAGUGUCAUGCCGGUUGACCUUAAACUAGAAGUCCUGAUGCUCCUGCCUCACCUUCCAUUACAGGUGCGUGCCUGGUUUCUGUGGUGCUGAGGAUCAGAGUCAGAGCUAUAUGUAUGUUAGGCAAGCACUGUACUGAUCUUGAGCUAUGGCCCUGAUUCUCUUCCUUUUGGCCUAAUAUAGAAAUGCUUUUAAAGGGUCCCUAAACUGGACGUGGCGGCACGCGCUUGUAACCCCAGCAUUGUGAGGCGCGUCUGUGGAUCUCCGAUUCUGAGACCGUCUUGGUUUACAGUGAGUGCCAGGCUAGCCGGUAGUGAAGCCUGACUACCCCCAAACAUCUUCUAUAAAAAUACGACAAUUGCAUUCAAAAGUUUAAGAGGAGAAACCUUAAAGCUGUGUUGCCAACAAGACAGUGACUGAUUCAGAACACAUUACACUGCCCAAGAUGCCAAUUUCCGCACAUCCUUCAUUUUUACAUAUUGUACACAUUAUACACAAAUGUACAUAUAUGUGUAUAUAUCUUAAGUUAUUUUUUGAACUAGUAACAUGAUUUUAAACUUACAGAAGAGCUGUAAACAUAGCAGUGCUCCCCUGUGCCCUCCGUCUGCCUUUCCCUUGUUUCGACAUCUUACCUAACUAAACUAAAGCAUUUGUCGAAAUUAAGAGUUCAUCUUUUAUAGUGCUAUUAAUAUUAGCUACAAUAGCAAGCUAAAAGUGGAUAUUUUAUUAAUCUUUUUAUUCGCAUCUGUUUUAACCGUUCCGGAUCCCAUCUCGCAUUUCGUUGUGUCUCAGUUGUCUUCACUCCGUGGCGCUGUGUCGUAAGGAUAGCUGGUGUCGUCCUGUGUUUCCAGUGUGCUUCCCUCUGAGCACUCUGCUGAGGUGGUGUCUCUAGGAUGCUCUACUGUAAGCUUACCCUGCUUUCCUUUGUAAUUACUGAGUAUUUGCUAGAGAUACUUUGAGACUAUGCAAAUGUCCUGUUUCUGCUUAGAGUUUGCCUCUCCUACUAUCUCCUGGCAGAUCUUGCUUGUGGCAUUUACUACUGUGGUGUUCAAAUGGUGAUUUUUCUAUUUGUUUCAUUUCUUCUAUAUUUAAUAAUUGGAAUUCUUCUGGAAGGAGGAACUGUGGAUUCUGGAUUUAUAUUUUUAAUUAUAUCAAGAUAUUCAGGAUAGGUACAAACUCAGAACUUAAAAGAUAUAAAUCGUGUUAAUUGACUCCAAAUGGCCAGUAUCAAAGAAAAAAAGCAUUGUUGGUGACUUGUCUUUGGAAAUAUAAUGAAUUUAAGAUGAAAAUAGUAUUUAUGAUUUGUAAAAUUUAUCUGACUUUUGACUUAAAAUUGAUUUGAAACUGAAACAGUUUUCUUUUGAAAUUUUACAUCUAGACUUUUUUAAGGUGUCUAAAUUUAUAUUACUUUGGGGGUCAUUUUUGUCAAAUCUUGAAUAAAGUUACCUACACCUGGCAUGAUAAA